CGGUUCUCAGUCCAGCUAAUUCUGCAAUCAAUUUAAGUGGAGCUCAGGACCUGACCCGGAAUAAGAAUGUUGUGAAACCACUGGCUUUAUCUUUGCAGGGUGUAGGGAAGACUUUUACUGCAGAUGCUGCUAAUGGAAACAGUAGCCAUGGUGGGAAGAGCAGUGCAUCCAGCUCCACUCCAGUCCGCCCAGGGAAUUACUCUUUGUCACCAAGACCUAGCUAUGCAUCAGGAGACCAAGCUACCAUGUUCUUUUCCGGGCCACCAAAGAAACGACACCGGGGAUGGUAUCCUGGGUCUCCUGUCCCCCAACCUGGUUUAGUUGUACCUGUUCCCACAGUUCGCCCUGUUUCAAGAACUGAUCCCCUUUUAACUACUCCAGUUCCACAGACCCCACUGACUGGAAUUUUACAACCUCGGCCCAUUCCUGCAGGCGAAACUGUAAUUGUUCCUGAAAACCUGCUGAGUAACUCAGGAGUUAGACCAGUAAUUCUGAUAGGCUAUGGCACUUUACCCUAUUUCUAUGGAAAUGUUGGUGACAUUGUUGUAAGUCCUCUGCUGGUGAAUUGCUACAAGAUUCCACAGCUGGAAAACAAGGAUUUGGAACAAUUAGGGUUGACCGGCAGUCAGCUUCUGAGCGUGGAAAACAUGAUUCUUCUGACGAUACAGUAUCUUGUGCGGCUAGGUCCAGAUCAGAUACCUCUCAGGGAAGAAUUUGAGCAAAUUAUGCUGAAAGCUAUGCAAGAAUUUACUCUGAGAGAGAGAGCCCUGCAGAUAGGUGCUCAGUGUGUACCUGUGUCACCAGGACAACUUCCCUGGCUUGCUAGAUUAAUUGCCAGUGUCUCUCAAGACUUGGUUCAUGUGAUUGUGACCCAAAACUCUUUGGCAGAGGGCAUUUCAGAGACUUUGAGGACACUCAGUGAAAUGAGACACUAUCAAAGGCUACCAGACUAUGUUGUGGCAAUUUGUGCAUCGAAAAUCAGAGGAAAUGAAUUUUGUGUAGUAGUGUUAGGUCAGCAUCAGUCCCGUGCUCUGGCAGAGAGCAUGCUCACUACAAGUGAGUUUUUGAAAGAAAUUAGUUAUGAACUCAUCACAGGAAAGGUCAGUUUCCUGGCAUCACAUUUCAAAACCACGUCAUUAGGUGAUGACCUAGACAAACUGCUAGAAAAAAUGCAACAAAGAAGAGGAGACAGUGUGGUUACCCCUUUCAAUGGAGACCUUACUGAAUGUGUGUCGCCUCAGGAGGCUGCUGCCAUGAUUCCCACGCAAAACCUGGAUUUAGAUAACGAAAUCUUCCAAAUUUAUCAACCGCAGCUAACAGUUGCCAGAAAACUCUUAUCCCAGGUGUGUGCUAUAGCGGACAGUGGUAGCCAGAGCCUAGACCUUGGUCACUUCAGCAAAGUGGACUUCAUCAUCAUAGUCCCAAGAUCAGAGGUUUUGGUCCAGCAAACUCUUCAACGAAUUCGACAAUCAGGUGUCCUUGUAGACUUGGGUCUGGAGGAAAACGGGACAGCUCAUCAGAGAGCAGAGAAAUAUGUUGUUCGUCUAGACAAUGAGAUUCAAACCAAGUUUGAAGUUUUUAUGAGGAGGGUGAAACAGAACCCAUACACACUGUUUGUGCUAGUUCAUGACAACUCCCACGUGGAACUAACGAGUGUCAUUUCCGGCUCUUUGUCCCAUGGUGAACCCAGUCAUGGACUGGCUGAUAGAGUCAUUAAUUGCAGAGAAGUUCUGGAAGCUUUCAACCUCCUGGUGCUCCAGGUUAGCUCCUUCCCAUACACUCUACAGACCCAACAGUCCCGAAUCAGUUCCAACAAUGAAGUUCACUGGAUACAGCUGGACACUAUGGAGGACGUGGGCUGCGAGGAGAAGCUGUACUUCGGCUUGAAUGAGUACAGCAAGUCUCUGCAGUGGGGGAUCACAAGCCCACUUCUGAGAUGUGACGAGACUUUUGAAAAAAUGGUGAACACACUCUUGGAGAGGUACCCCAGACUGCACAGCAUGGUCGUCCGCUGCUACCUGCUCAUCCAGCAGUACUCCGAAGCUCUGAUGGCUCUCACCACCAUGGCAUCCCUCCGAGACCACAGCACACCGGAAACUCUCAGCAUGAUGGAUGACCUCAUCAGCUCCCCAGGAAAGAACAAGAGUGGGAGGGGACACAUGCUCAUCAUCAGGGUGCCCUCGGUGCAGCUAGCAAUGCUGGCCAAGGAGCGGCUGCAGGAGGUGCGCGACAAGCUGGGUCUGCAGUAUCGGUUUGAGAUCAUCCUUGGGAACCCAGCCUCUGAACUCAGUGUGGCGACGCACUUUGUGGCACGAUUAAAGACUUGGAGAGGAAAUGAACCAGAAGAGUGGAUCCCUCGGACAUACCAAGAUUUAGAGGGUCUGCCUUGUAUUGUGAUAUUAACUGGCAAAGAUCCUCUUGGAGAAUCCUUCCCCAGGUCUUUGAAGUACUGUGACCUCCGGCUAAUUGACUCAAGCUAUUUGACACGCACGGCCUUGGAGCAGGAGGUGGGUCUGGCAUGCUGCUAUGUCUCCAAAGAGGUCAUCCGGGGACCCACAGUCGCCCUGGACCUCAGUGGGAAAGAGCAGGAGAGAGCCGCUGUCAGCGAGAAAGACUCCGACGAGCUGCUGAUUGACCUGGAACGGCCCCAGAGCAACAGUAGUGCUGUCACGGGGACCUCAGGUUCCAUCAUGGAGAAUGGAGUGAGCUCUUCCAGCACAGCUGACAAGUCCCAGAAGCAGUCCCUGACCCCCAGCUUCCAGAGCCCAGUCACCAGUGUGGGGCUGGAUGAAGGGGUCUCUGCCGGCAUGGCCGGAGCCGGGGAGACUCUGAAGCAGGAGUGCGACUCCCUGGGCCCCCAGAUGGCCAGCAGUACCACCUCCAAGCCUUCGUCAUCCACCUCGGGACCCAGGACCUUCCCGUGGCCGGGGCAGCCUGUCAGAGGCUGCAGAGGCCUGCAGGCGGCUCUGCCGCCGAUAGUGAUCUUAUCCAAAGCGGCCUACAGCCUCCUGGGCGCCCAGAAGGGUGGCAAGCUGCCAUCCUCCUCGUCCUUGCUGCCCCAUGCUGACGUGGCCUGGGCGAGCUCCCUGCGGCCGCUCCUGCACAGGGACUUGAGCGGCGAGGAGCAGUCCCUCUACUACAGGCAGUGGACCUCGGCCAGGCAGCACCACGCCGACUACAGCAACCAGCCGGACCCGGCCUCCGGCGCGCGGACCUGCCACCCCCGGCGGCUGCUGCUCACUGGGCCCCCCCAGGUGGGAAAGACUGGCUCCUAUUUACAGUUCCUUAGGAUCCUCUUCCGCAUGCUCAUCAGGCUCCUGGAAGUGGAUGUAUUUGACGAGGAGGAGAUCAACACGGAUCACAGCGAGAGCAGUGAAGUAAGCCAGUCAGAGGGAGAGCCCUGGCCCGACAUUGAGAGUUUUGGCAAAAUGCCUUUUGACGUCGGUGUACAUGACCCCAAGUACAGUUUGAUGAGCCUGGUGUAUACGGAGAAGCUGGCGGGAGUCAAACAAGAAGUAAUAAAGGAAUCCAAAAUUGAAGAGCCCAGGAAACGAGAAACCGUGUCCAUAAUGCUGACCAAGUACGCAGCCUACAACACCUUUCACCAUUGUGAGCAGUGCCAUCAGUACAUGGACUUCACCUCCGCCUCCCAGAUGUCUGACUCUACCCUUCAUGCCUUCACAUUCUCUUCCUCUAUGCUGGGAGAAGAGGUUCAGCUCUAUUUCAUCAUCCCCAAAUCCAAAGAGAGUCAUUUUGUCUUCAGCAAGCAGGGCAAACACCUGGAGAGUAUGCGGCUGCCCCUGGUUUCAGACAAGAAUUUGAAUGCAGUGAAGAGUCCUAUUUUCACUCCUUCCAGUGGUCGCCAUGAGCAUGGACUCCUAAACCUUUUCCACGCCAUGGAAGGCAUCAGCCACCUUCACCUUCUGGUGGUCAAAGAAUAUGAGAUGCCGCUGUACCGCAAGUACUGGCCCAACCACAUCAUGCUGGUGCUUCCCGGCAUGUUCAAUAAUGCAGGCGUGGGUGCUGCCAGGUUCCUCAUUAAGGAGCUGUCAUAUCACAACCUAGAACUGGAGAGGAACCGCCUGGAGGAGCUGGGAGUUAAACGCCAGUGUGUCUGGCCUUUCAUCGUCGUGAUGGAUGACUCAUGUGUCCUAUGGAACAUUCACAGUGUUCAGGAGCAGACAAGCCAGCCCAUAGAGGUAGGAGUUUCCAGUAAGAAUGUGUCCUUGAAAAGCGUCUUGCAGCAUAUUGAAGCCACACCAAAAAUUGUUCACUACGCCAUCUUGGGUAUACAGAAAUGGAACAGCAAGCUGACUUCUCAGAGCCUAAAAACCCCGUUCUCUAGGUGCCACGUGCAUGAUUUCGUUUUCCUCAACAUAGACUUGACUCAAAAUGUGCAGUAUGACUUCAACAGGUAUUUCUGUGAAGAUGUUGACUUUAACCUGAGAACAAACAGUAGUGGCCUGCUCAUCUGCCGCUUUAAUAACUUCAGUCUCAUGAAGAAACAUGUUCAGGUUGGCGGGCAGAGGGACUUUAUCAUUAAACCAAAGAUCAUGCCAUCCAUAACUUCAAGAGUCCCGUGCUGGCCAUUGACUGCUACCUUAACAUUGGACCAGAGGUGGCCAUAUGCUACAUCAGCUCCAGACCCCACUCCAGCAAUGUCAACUGUGAAGGGGUGUUUUUCAGCGGACUUCUCUUGUACCUCUGUGACUCUUUUGUAGGUGCUGAUCUACUUAAGAAAUUUAAAUUUUUAAAAGGUGCUACCUUGUGUGUCAUUUGUCAAGACAGAAGCUCCUUACGCCAAACAAUUGUCCGCUUGGAGCUAGAAGAUGAGUGGCAGU